AUGGGUCACAACUCUAAUUUGUUGGGUCAGUUUGAUUUAUAUCAUGACCUCAGACACAACACAGAAAUGAAGAACAACUCAGAAUCAACUCAAUUUAGUUUAGAAGGUUUUGAUUGUAGCCAAUUCUUUGAAGCUGAUGACAAUGUGCAACAUGGAGAGAAUAUUAUACCUAACAUUCUUCCAAAUAUCUGCCCUCCACCUUCUGCUUUCUUAGCCCCAGAAUGUGCCCUAUGGGACUAUUUCAGACUUGCUCAAGGGGUGGAAUGGUGCCAGAACUACUGUAGUAGUUGUCAUGAGCUGUUGGCAAAUAACGAGGGUCUUCCUGGCAUGACCCCAAUUUUGCGACCUUGGGGAAUUGGUGUAAAAGAUGGUCCUUUGUUUACUGCUGUUCUUGCUAAGACGCAGGGAAAGGAAGUGGGCAUCCCUAGUUGUGAAGAGUUCUUUGAUCUUUCUUUUCUUGAGGGUGAAACUGUUAGGGAGUGGCUCUUCUUUAACAAGCCUAGAAGGGCAUUUGAAAGUUUAAAUAGAAAACAGAGAUCACUUCUGGAUUACAGUGGGCAUGGUUGGCAUGAAUCAAUGAAGCAGGUAAUGAAGGAACAUGGGGGACAAAAGAGGUCCUAUUACAUGGACCCCCAACCUCUUAGUUAUCUCGAGUGGCAUUUGUAUGAGUAUGAGAUCAACAACCAGGAUUGUUGUGCAUUAUACAUACUAGAAUUAAAGCUGGUGGACAAAAAGAAAAGUCCUAAAGGAAAAGUGACCAAGGAAUCUCUUACUGAUUUGCAGAACAAGAUGGGACAACUUACUGCUACUGUUCCAUCUACUGAUGAUGACAACCAGUCAAGGGAAAAACAAAUGCCAAAUAUGAGAAUGAUGAAUCUCCCAACAAGUAAAUUAAUACUCCGUUGCGCGAUUUUACCAUAUUACUGA